GCAAGCAGACUGUGUGUGUGAGUGGGUGCAGGGAGAUAUCGCUGAAAAACGGAACAGGAAGUGAAGAUACUCGAGCCUCCUCGUACACAACUUUUCUGCUCUCCCGCUGUGCAGCGAGUUCCUCUCCCGUCCCCGGCUGAAGGUCUCCAUCAUGGGCAAAGUGAAGGGCAAGCCUGGGCCCUUGGCCCGGAGGCCAGACAACUCGGCUUUCAAACAGCAGAGGCUACCGGCCUGGUCUCCCAUGCUGACUGCUAACACUGUGCUGCCUUUCUUCUACUUUAUGGCUUUGAUAUGUAUGCUGCUGGGAGUGUGGCUGCUUCUCACAGUUCAGAGCACACAGGAAGUAAAGAUGGAUUACACCGUAGCUGGGCAAUGUUCCAUAUGUUUUGAAAAGCUUCAAAAUGAGAGCAACGCAGGACAGAGCUGCAGCUGCACAGUGGUCCUCGACAUCAAGAAACCCUUAAAGGGAGACGUCUUUUUCUAUUACGGCCUCAAGAACUUCCACCAGAACCUGCGUAGAUACAUGGACUCCAGAGACGAUGGACAGAUGGUCGGCAGGAAGACAAACUUAAAGAAUCCCAGUUCUUACUGCACGCCUUUCGACAGAGACCAGAACGGACUCCCCAUCGCCCCCUGUGGUGCUGUGGCCAACAGCAUGUUCAAUGACUCCUUCACUCUGCACUAUAUCAAAUCGGGAAGCCCAGUGAGGGUUCCAUUGCUGCGGAGAGGCAUCUCCUGGUACACGGACAAAAAUGUCAAGUACCGCAACCCACAGAUGGAGAACUUGACCCUGGAUCAAGUGUUUGAAGGCACAGCUAAGCCUCUGUUCUGGCAGAAACCCGUGUACGAGCUCGAUCCGAUGGAUCCAACAAACAACGGCUUCAUUAACGACGACCUGAUCGUGUGGAUGAGGGAAGCAGCGUUCCCCAACUUCAAGAAGCUCUAUGGGGUUUUAUACCGAGGCGACCCCCCCUUUACCAAGGGGCUUCCAGCGGGGUCUUACGAGAUCGAGAUAGCCUACAACUUCCCUGUGCAGCAUUUCCAAGGCAGGAAGGAACUGGUGCUGACCACGCUGACCUGGUUCGGAGGUCAGAACCAUUUCCUGCCCAUCGCUUACCUUGUGACCAGCAGUCUGAUCCUCCUGAUCGCCAUCCUCCUCACGGUGGUUUGGUGGAAGUUUGGAAAGACGGGGAAGAACAUGGAAGAGUGAAGGGAAAAGCGGUAAAAACGUUCAAGCCGCUGAAGAUCGAUAACUGCUGUUUUAAAAAUACCUGAACGGAAAAAAGGUUCUAAAAAGGUUUACUUGUUGAUUUGAACUGAUGAACUUUUUGUAUUUUUAACAAGCCACACAUCAUGCACUGUUAAUAUUUAUAAGAUAAUUAUAUUUAUUUUAAUGAUCACAUUAUCAGUAAGACCCAGUCACUCUGGUGUUGAGGCGCCGCAGUAAAUGUGAUAUACAAAAACUCCACUAUAUUCAAAGUGUGAUGUAUAAUAAAGAGGGACACCAGCAGACACAACCUUGUAACUCCCAGUCAAAAAACUGAAUUGUAGUUUUUAAUUUAAUAUAAUUAAUGAGAUUAAUCUGUGCAAUGUCGUCUUAUGGCAAGAAGGUCCCCGGGUUCAGAUCCAGGAACGGACGGGAUCUUUCUGUUAUCCAAAUUACCUUAAUAUUGGAAUGGUUGUUUCUCUCUAUAUGUUCCAGUUUACCCUCCGCUAUCCUCAAAUAUAGAAAACAGAUGGAUGGAUAAAAUGUUCAGCGCGUGCUGUUUCUACGUCAAGGUUUACAUGAGCUCUAGAUGUGGUUAUUCAGCCUACGACUAAAAAUACACAAUCAUGUCAGCAGCUCUCUCAUGGUUCAGAGCAGCUUUGAGCUAAAUGCUUCAAGUAACCAUGUAACAUGUUUUGCAGGUAUAAUUAUUACUAUGUGCACCAGCUCAGUGUAUGUCUGGCAACACAAAGUACAACUUGAAAAUGUCAUGAAUAGAUAUUUAGCUGUAAAUCAAAAAAAAAAUGACUGAUGAUUCAAUUUUAAUGUGUUUUUCCAUAAAGUUAAAUAUGGUUGUUGUUGAUUGAGGAAACAAAACUGAAUUUGUAAUUGUGAACUCUACAUUCUGAGACUAAAGAUAAACAGACAUGAAUCAUAUGCAAGUUGCCUGCACUGAGAAAAGAAAAAUGUUUAACAACUUCAUAAAAGAAAAAAACAAAGUUUCUUCAAAUCGAAGCUAUAAAUUGUGUCCUCACAACUUCUUGAUUUUAAUUUGGACAAACCCAAUAAUUUUGUGUUAGCAAUCUGCAUAUUUUUGGUUGGUUCAACAACUUUUUGUCAGUGUAAUGAUUUUUACUGUCUUGACGACAGCUGAAGAUUGAAAUAAAACAUCACAUGACGUAAUAACU